AUGUCCAAUUCUGCCAGCAUGUGUGAAGUUAGCCUGGUUGGAUUAGCUUUAUGGGCUUCCAUGCAAAUGAGACAAUAACACCUAUCCUGCCAGAAGUCAGGCUAUUACUGGUUUGUAGGUGACGUCACGGCUGCGAUGUUGGUGGUCAAGAACAAAAGCAUUUCUCUCCUCUGGGAUUUAAACUCUAUCUUUAUGUAAAUUCUGCGAGAAAAAAUCCUAUUGUAUUGACCCCCAACAUGGCGGCCUUGUCACGUGGUUGCAAACCAAGAAUUUGCGGGGUGUUGGAACCCUCACUCAGGAACGUCUUGUAGGUGACCACUCCCCUUAUGAAAGUGUAGCGUUAUUGGAGUUCACUUAUGGGCAGUUUCAACAUACUAAAUUAAGUCAUGUCACUUAUUUCAGUAAAUUGUGUCUUCUAUAGCCUUAAUCUUUGAACACAAAAAUCCUGUCAGAGUUCUGUAACCAAUGAAUAAAAUGGUAUUGUAACUGGCAAGUCUCCCAGUUACCUCUUUCUAAACUUUCUGGAUCUGCCCCUGAAAUAUUGUGCUAACCUUGGGUUAUCCUACCCCUGCUUUUAACAACCUGGCCAUACAGAAAGAGCAAAAUAUUGCUCGACAAAUGCUUCACUGAGUGAAAUGCUUAGCAAGGAAGGGAGUAACUUGGGGCUAUAUUCCAGGCCCCUCUUUUUGUCCAACAGUUUGAUGGUUUGUGGUUUUUUUGGUUCAGAUGCCAGAAAUUAAACUACAAAGCUCAGAUGGAGAAAUUUAUGAAGUUGAUGUAGAAGUGGCAAAAGCUUCUGUCACAAUAAAAACUAUGCUUGAAGGUGAGUUCAAAGGAGAAGCCCUUUUUGUGAUUACACAUAACAUUGUGAAAUGAUGAAUUUGGGGAGCAAGGGUGGUGCAGUGGUGAGAGCACUCGCCUCCCACCAAUGUGGCCCGGGUUCAACUCCUGGCGUGGACGCCAUAUGUGGGUUGAGUUUGUUGUUGGUUCUCUCCCUUGCUCUGAGAGGUUUUUCUCUGGGUACUCCGGUUUUCCCCUCUCCUCAAAAACCAACAUUUCCAAAUUCCAAUUCGACCAAUCAGGUAGAUGAAGAACCACUAUGUGGAUAUGCUACCUGCAAAUCGUUAUUUAUUUUAUUUAUUUAUUUUUAUUUAUAUCUUUGAACUGCACGGUGAAGAAAUAAAUGCAGAGAUGAUCAUCACAACUCUACACUUACAUAACAUUGUAUUUAGUAUUUAUUACACAGUUUCAUAUCUAUAAACAUAUUGGAGAAUUAAUGUUGUCUGUGUUAUCAUAAAUAGGCAUAAGACAUCAGGACAUUAUUUCAUUUUUUUAAAAAUAGUAAUUGGCUUUCGUAACUUUAAGGGGAACUUCGCUCUAUAUUAACAACUCAAGUAAGUGCAUGAGCAAAAUAAUGACAGUUUGAUGUGGGUGAAAAUUACUAGCUAUGUACAGUGAAUUAUGAUUGACAGUUGGUAUUUAUUUUUGCUUGGAUUUCAUUCUCCUUUUAGAGAUUGUUAAAACUUGACUGAACAACAGUCAGGACCAUCUCAAGGUGCUUCUUUUUUGACAGUUUAAAUCUUAGAGAGUCGAUAGGAAAAAGUUGUACAAGGUUAUGCGCAAGGGAAAAAAUGAUGCCACAGAAAGCUGUGAGAUUAAAAUGCAGGCUGUUUACUCAACCUUAAGGUCUUCAUGGUUUGACCCAUAUUACCAUGCUUUAAUUUUUAGAUCUUGGCAUGGAUGAAGAUGAUGACGAACCAGUCCCACUUCCCAAUGUCAAUGCAGCCAUUCUUGCCAAGGUAAAUACAGUGCAUCAUAGAUACAGCCUUUUUAUAUGGAGCCUUGCAUUUGUUAGUGUUGAAGAGGUUUCAUUUGAAUGGUUAGACAGGAUUUCAUCCACAGACCCAAAUUUAGAACUGCACACUAAUAGAUGGUACCGUAUGAAAGUACUGCUUAAGAGGUUUCAUUUGAAUGGCCAUAACAUAGAACCUCAUUCACAGACUCUAAGGUAGAACUACAGACCAAACACAUAGCACCAUGGUAAAUUACUUAGACUGUGAUUUAAAGUUUUGGGCAAAUUGUCUCCAUAAGAGUGUUAGCAUCAAGGCUUAUAAAAAAGUGGACACAGCCUUACUUCCUGUUGACGUGUGUGGCUCAAAAACGCCUGUACUUAAGCUCCCUAAUUUUCAUCUUGCCCUGUGCUGUUCAAGUAAGGACAGUCAAAGUGGCAGCCCUUGUUAAAAGCUUGCACUGUAAGUAAUCAGCUUUUUUGUUAUUUUGUAGGUGAUCAAGUGGGCUCAGAAACACAAGGAUGACCCACCACCACCAGACGAUGAUGAAAACAAAGAGAAAAGAACAGAUGACAUCGAUCCUUGGGAUCAAGAAUUCCUCAAAGUCGACCAGGGAACACUUUUUGAGUUAAUUCUUGUGAGUAUUAAUAGAACUGUCAGUGCUAGUCUGAGCUUAAUUUUUUGGGAACCUACAGUUUUGAUAUGGUCACCAGAAAUAAAAUAUGAAAGCCUAAAAAAAGGAGAUGCUAUUGAAUUUGGAGCCACAUGCCACAUCUCAAGGCUUAAUACCUGAACAGAGAGUGUAAAGGAGGUGAAUUAUAAAAAUUGGAGCAUGUAUAAUAUCUCAUUCAAAUGUUUUAUGAUCUCGCUGUAAUUGGAAAAUUAGCAACUGAGCUAUCCUUUUAAUUACAGUGUAUGAGUUGCAGUUAAUUUUUUAUCUCAGGUAAUUUUUAUUUUUCCUUUGUUUCAAUUUCAUUAGCUUACAUUACCCUACCCCAAAACAAAAAAAAAACAAAACUUAACUGAGAUGAAAAUUGACCACAACAUAUGCAUUAAAAUAAUAUUUUUUCAGUCGUUUGACCUGUUCUUUCAUUGCAGGCUGCAAACUACCUUGAUAUCAAAGGACUUCUAGAUGUGACAUGUAAAACAGUUGCCAACAUGAUCAAAGGUAUUCUUCUAUUCUAAUGCUUUUUGAGUUCAGUCUGUGCCCCCAUUAGUUUGAAAUGUCAGCCGUCUCCACCCCUAAGUCAAAAUUAAAAGUGUACUGCAGUAAAAACCCACAUAUAAGAACUUACUUUUUUGAAGUAUGGCAAAAUAGGUUCUUGUAUUUUGGAGUACUUAUUAGCAAUUUAGGCUAAGUAGGUUCUUAAUUGGGUUCUUAAUUUUUAUGAAGGAGGUAAGAGAUUGUUGUUUAGCAGAAAAAUAAAUAAACUUGGGUUUGGUCAUUAAAAAUACAGUAUUUAUUCACAAUUGUGUUAUUAUAAUACCCUAACAAAACUUAUUGCUGAAUUUACAUACAGUUUGGUACAGAAUUUUCUUGUUACACUUAAAUUUACAAUCUCAAAAUUACAUUCCUUGGUUAAAUUGUUUAUCAUAAUGACCCAAAUAUAAGCACCUGCCUGAUCUUGCUUGGCUAAACAGGUUCUAGCCUGUUCCAGGCGUUCGGAUGGUGGGGAGCAGGCAAAAAAUUAGGGCGCCAGCGAAAAAUUGACGAGGGAAAAAAUAGGGCGGGACACAGUCUCCCCUCGUUUUUUUCCCCUCAUGUUUCUUUCUGUGCUGGCCGCCUUCGAUUUAACUUGCUCCCCACUAUCUAAACCCCUGGAACAGGCUAAACAGGUUCUUGUAUUUUUGUGCAUUAUAGUGGCAAUUUUGUUCCAGGAAGUUCUUAAUUAAUUCACAGGUUCUUAUAUGCAGGUGUUUGCUGUAUUUUAUUCCCAAAAUACACCUUGUAAUACCUCAAAGACAUAACCUAAGAUAUUUAAAAUGUAUAUCUUGAAUCCUGAGCAAAUUCUUGUUGAAAGACCAAGAUGCAAUAGGACAAAAAAUUGAUUGAUUGAUUUGAUUUAGUGUAAAUCAUAUUGAGAAUAAGUUUACAUUCAUCUUCUGUACGUCAUAUCUAUAAACACAAGUUGUAUUUAGGUUUCAAAAUUAGUCUUAAAUUUUUUGCCAACAUCCGCCUUAGUUGUAUAUUUACACUCUCAGUGGCCGGUCUAUUUAUUUGAGUACUGCUAUAAGGGUUGUUUUGGUCAAGUAUAAAAGUAAGGGACAACCAGAACUGUUUUGCCUAGUAUCGUCAAAUUUUACAAAAUGACAUCUUACACAUGAAAUUUUCCGAAUUUUACCUGUGUUUUCACAAUUUUUGUGAAAUUUGACUUAUAUUUUCUUGAGGUCCCAUGAGAAAUAGUCUUUGGUGUUAUUACAGACAACUAAUUAUUAUAUCUAUAGCCCUUGAAAAAUAUAAAAAAGAAUGUGAUAUUGUUUAAAUUAUUCUGGUACAAGGUUUUUGUCCACUGAAAAUUAAAAUUGCUCAAUUUCCUGCUGGAUUGCGUUUUAAGCUUUCCCUCUCCCAUCCCCUCCACUGAAUGAUGUGUCGUUGUUCGUGCUACCCGUAGAAAACAAGAAACAACCAACUUCAAAUGGAGGGGAGGAGGGAGGGGUGUGGGUUGUUUUGUUCUCUAAAGUUACCCUAAUAGAGUUGAGUGCACUGUCUGAACAAUUUUAACACCAAUUGUAGACCAGGAAAAAGUUACAGGGAACAUUUUAACUCCCCCCCCCCCCCCCCCCCAAAAAAAAAAAAAAAAAAAAAAAAAAAAAAAAAAAAAAAAAAAAAAAAAGAUAUAUGAUUUUGUUUUUUUUGUUUUAUAAGAAAAAAUAAAAACAAGAAUUUUUUUUUUUUAAGUAAUAAUCCUAUAUUAUAAUUAAAAAUAAUAUAAAAAAAAAAUGAAAAAAAUCAAACAGAGUGUCUUAAAAAACAGAAAAAAAUCAAAAUAAAAAAAAGAAAAAAAAAAAAACAGAAAAAAAACAAAUCGAAAGGGGGGGGGGGGGGGGGGGGGUGUGUGUUUUUUGUGCUUAUAAAUGACCCAAAAAAAGGGAAGGGACCCGCUGUAACAAAUUUUACACCCAAAUUAGACCAAGAAAAAAUUGAAGGGCAAACCUUUAAACCCCCCCCCCCCCCCGCCAAACAAAAACAAAAACAAAAACAAAAAAAAACAUAGUAAAUAAAGAGAUUUUGCAGUUGGUUGAUUUUCAUGCUCCAAAUUGGAAAAUAAAGUUAGGGAUUUUUUCUUCUCAAGUGACUGGCAUUCCUGAAUGUAUGCAAGUAACUAAAUUCAAUUUGAAUUGAAUCCACCACUGUGUAUUAACCAAUAAACAGGUAAAACUCCUGAAGAAAUAAGGAAGACAUUUAAUAUCAAGAAUGACUUUACUCCAGAAGAAGAAGAACAGGUGGGUUAAUUGUUAUUCAUGGUUCAAGUAGCAGGGGUCCCCAGAAAAGCUGAAGAGAGAAAAUUUACAUAUAGGGCAGUAGAACAGAUUGAAAUGCACAAAAUGCAAAAUCAGCCAAGUGUUCCAUCAGGGAUUUUAAUUUUGAGAACCCUAAAAAAGUAGACUGGCUGAUGCUUUGGGACCUUUACUCAGUGAAGACCUUUGCUUGUUCUAGUCUUGAAAGGGAUCACCUCCUCGAGUAACUGAACAAUAAAAUCUUUUUUGGGUGUUGACUUACAGGAGGUUUCACUGUAGUUUGAUUCUGAAAUGUUUUUGUUCCCUAGCAGCACUAUCACUAAGGACCAGGGGCCAGGGGUUUUCCCCAGCUAGUAUGUGAAUGAUCCCUGGUUACUUUCAUGGAAAAAAAAGAAAAUAGAACCCAAAAAGCUUCCUAGCUGUUUGAUUCCCCUCCUGCUAAUUGCAGUGACAUACCAGGAACUUGAAAUCUUAGUGACUGCCCUGUAACCCCAGCCCUAAUACCGGUAAUUCAUAUCCAAGUUAGGACCAAGGACAUUCUAGUUUAACUUGGGUACAGGUGACAUCUACUUUAGGUAGGGGUGUAUCUUGUGGACUAAAGUUUCAGUCAUGGCAAGAAAGUUGGUGUUAUUUGAAGAAAUCUUUUCCUGAUGCCAUAUCUUUUCUGUAUUUUCCUUGAUAGGUUCGAAAGGAAAAUGAGUGGUGCGAAGAGAAAUAA